AGAGUGCACGGAACGUGGUGUGGAGAGUGGAUGUGCCUGGAGAUGGUCAAAAACCUGAACCUGAAGGGGCUGGAAGAAGUGUGCCACGUCUGGGCGCAUGUGGUGGAAAGUGAAGAAGCAGGAGGAGAAGAAGAAGCAGCAGCAUUGCUUGGUGGCCAGGAUGUCCAGGCAGCGGUGCCGAUGAAUACGACAAGACAAAUCUUUAGGGAAAUUGGUGAUCCAUUUCGCAUGGAGUUUGCUUUUAUCUUCAAACAACAAGGCAAACACGCAACAGGCUCAGAAUGGCAAAAUCUCAUGGUUUUCUCACUGAGGUGUAUAAUUUCACUUCACUUCCAGAGCAGUGUAGAAGUAAUAACACAAUCCCAUCUGUGUAUUUAUUGAGAGUUUGUGCUUAUUGAAGAAAACUACGCGUGUGGGUGUUGAGAGUUGAAUUCUUGAGAUUUUCAUUUGUUUUAAUUAUUCAAUAAAUUUUUACAUAAUUUUUUAUUUGA